GCAUCGCCUUCUCGGCACAAAGCGUGGGUGAAAAGCAGAAGGGGGAUGAGAGCAGAGGGGAGGUGGGACACUGUAGCUGCCUAAAACCAGGGAAUGAAGGCGCAAGAAUGCCCCACGAGACGCUGCGGACGCACCGCCAAAUUCUUUUUGCGCGCAAGAAGAAGUGAUUCACUUUGAGGGGAGUCCGUCAAGAAGAAAUCUGAGUCUCGGUGUGUUGAGAGUCCGUCCUCUCGGCUGAGAAAGAAAAGUUCCCCCUCAGAAGGAAGGAAGGAAGGAAUCCUCAUUACCCAGCAAGGAUGAGACUGAUCUUUUCUACAAGUUGGAUAUUCCGAGGCUGGAUAACGUGCGCUCUCGUCGCCUUUUACGCGCAGAUGAUGGUGUCCAAAGCUCUCCCGUGUGAUGAAAAUCAUUACUUAAAAACACCAAGAUGCUGCAAGAAGUGUGGGCCAGGCUUCCGUGUGCUUGCUGACUGCAAUGAUUCCCACCAGACAAAAUGCAUUAAGUGUAAUCGUGGCGAAUACCAACCCGGCUGGACGGAGGAGAAGCGCUGUCUGCAGCAGAAGUUUUGUGACCCAAUCAAGGGUUUCAUGGAGAGGCCUGAAAACCCCGUGGCCGAGGAGCCGUGUCGCUGCCUCCCUCACCUGCAGUGCUACCCCAUCAACUGCGAGUUCUGUGAGAGGAUACCCAGCUGCAGUGCCGGAUACGGACUCGAGGUGGAUCCUGAGUCGACUAAUGGAAGGAAGGUCUGCGUCGCAUGCAAGAGAGGUUUCUUCUCUGCCGACAACAACGGCGAACAAUGCAUACAGUGGACUAAUUGUAAGGCUGAGGGCAGGACUGAGACACAUCCGGGCAAACCUCAGGCCGACGCAGUGUGUGGACCACCUGUAUCUGGCGCCGCGCCCUCCUGGGUCAUAGUUUCAGUUCUGUCGGUCAUCACCGUCCUGUGUCUCCUCAUCCUGCUCCUCUUCUGCUACAAGGACAAACUGAAAUUACUCUCUGUCAAUCUUCGAUCCUGUGUUCAGAAUCUGAAGAGGACUAGGAUACAGCAGGAGACCUCGUCCCCCCUUUACCAGAGCGGAGGUCCCAAGUGUGAGAUGAACAAACUCAUCUGCAAGCCCCCGCUCGACCCAACAGACGAGUCCCCUUGCACAUUCCUCACCUCUGUCCCCGAGGUCAAGGUCCCCAUGCCACUCACGGGGGAAAUGACGGAGAACGAGGUGACCAACGGGAAGACGGUGACGGAGGAUCCGAGCUUAGGAUCCGGGGAGCCAGAGGAGGUGUCGGAGGAAGAGGAGGUCGCGAGCGCGUCCCCCCUUUUGGCGGGUUCCUGCGUGUGCGUCGUUCCCAUUCGCGAGCCACUGGAAGUGGGGGAGAACGAGGACUGCAGCCAGGCCGUCAGCCCCGGCACUCCGGGAACCUGCUCGUGUGGAGGGCUGGACGGAGAGAGGGAUGGAGAUGAGGGUGGGAAGGAAGAGAGGAGUGAGAGUGUACGGGCGGACGACGGGGGAGAAAAGAUGGUUUUGUGCAAGAGUGAAACGGGUGCCACAUCUCUUGUCUCUCUUUCUCCCCCAAUCAUUCUCUCCUCCUCUGUGGUCCCUCCAUCCAGUCAUCUCCACGAACUCUGCCUGCCUUUGUCCCAGGCCCUGGUGUCACCGCAGCUCACACCUUACGUGACUGACAGGUCACUGGUGAAACAGGGGGAUUUAUACGGGCCGGCAAACACAGACUCCGCCUCGUCAGAGAACAGUUCGACCUCGGCGAUGACCUCCGUCAGUCCCCUGAUGACGUCGGCGUCUGUUAGCGAUCUCUACCUGGACAAGCCCCCCGAGGCCUCUGGCCCCGAGCGAGGACAGGGACUUUCCUGGGAGGACAGCAGAGGAGACAAGCUCUCGUCCGGGGAGUCGGAACUGGAGUGCUCACCCGAGAGCCUCCACAGUCAGCUGGCUGAGCCAACUCUUACCUCAGGUCAGGUGUCCGGGAGCCACAACACCACCUUCAUCUCCAGCGGGCAGGUGAUGAACUUCAGCGGCGACGUCAUUGUCGUCUAUGUCAGCCAGACGUCCGUCGGCGGUGACGGCGCGGGGCAGGACGAUGCCUUCGGGAGUCCCGUGCAGGAGGAGGCCAACGAGGCGGCUCCGUUUGCCCAGGGCGGCCCGAGGUGGCGGGGGGAAGCCGCGGCCCAGGACGAGACGCUGCCGGUCCAAGAGGCGAUGGCGGAGCGGCCGCUGCCGGGGAAGUGAAGAGUGGACGACGGCUGCGUUUCUAUUGGUCAGUCCAGUGAUCAUCUCCAUAGCCAUCGGAUGGACAAGUGAUCGCUCCAGCUGGUUAUCACCUUACACAGCUUAGCUCCUGAUGAAAUGACAAAAACACAAUUUGAGCUCACAUGCCAGCUUUUCCAGGAAAGGGAGGCUUUCGAUUAAAUGACAAUGUUCAAUCAGCUGACUGAGGAGGCAAACUUUUGGGCGUGUCAAGGUCUCAGACUAUCCCCCAUGUUAUUCUUUUGGAAUGUAAUCGAAACAAUAACUUUAGACAUUAGUCACUGAACGUUGCCUCGGGCAUCUCCAGCAUGCCUCUUUUCCAAUUUCCAGUGGAAAGCUUGCAGGCUCCCUCAGAUGGAAACUCCCCUCCUUCCAGACAGUGAUGGGGAAUUUUGUUGGGAAUUGGAUGUGGAACCAGAGUUCAGGCUGGAAGAACGUCAUGUUUUUUAUGGUUGUAUGGAAAUUGCAGCUGCAGUCGCGAUACAGACGAGUUGGUGCACUUCCUAUUUCCCACCUUUCAACGUUAAAUAGCCCAUGGCUGUAGUCUGUGGACUGUUUUUAGCCAUUCUGAAUUUGACAUUUGGGUAAUUUCAGCAAGUUUCCUUCCAUAAGAAAAUAUCCACCAUGUGGAAAAAAUAGACUUACAACGAAAGAAAAAUAUUUUGUGAGGAAGAAAAUCCAAUCUAGUGGCUACAUUAAGAUCUGGCAGAGCGUAGUUUAUAAAAGAAGAACAAAUAGUGAUGGGUUUCACAUAUUUCAGUGACUUUUCAUUUUUUUGGUUUGCAGGGUCUAAUUUUUACAAUAAAGUGACACAUCCAGUUUAGGAACGAUGCUUGUUUGUCCUGUAUGUAGACUUUGUCCCCCCUUUUUUUCUUCUUUUUUUUUUUAAUUCACUCCUUAUUGCACCACAGGUGCGGUUUGUGUUUUAAGAAAAAUGCUAUGCAUUUGAUAAGCUAUUUUAUUACCGGUUUGUUUUGUUUCAUUAUGUUUUAAUGUGCAAGCCUUAAUGAAGAAAAGUCCAAACGUCAGCUUGUUUAUAAUAUUUUCUUUUACGUGAUUUUUUUUUUUCUUGGCCUAAAAAGAUUUGUUUAUGUAAUAAUUCAAGAUUCACACGUGAUCAAUGUUUGUAUAGAUAUAUAUUUCAAAAGACAACAAAAAGCAUGGCGCAUUUGUGAAGUGACAAUGAACAUUUCCCUUUUGUGCUGCCUCUCAUUUGAUCAUGCGGCGUGGACACGUUCUAGGAAAGUGACCGUUCAAUCGCAUGUACGCCGCCUUGCAACAAUUAUGUACAUAUCAAUCGAACACACCGCAGCGAAUGACUGAGAGAAUAUUGUGAUUGAAAUUAAAUAUGUUUUGCAUCUAA